GAAGGAGGCAAGAUGUGAAAAAAGACAGAGCAUGCAGAGUGAAAUGGGAGGGAGAGGCACUGAGGGGAGAAACUGAGGGGGUGUUGAGGAGGAGGGGAGAGUCUGAGGGAAACAACUUAAAGGCGGUGAGAGCAGAAGACAAAAGUACACGGUGAGAGCACACAGAGUGGCAACAAGAGAGACUUGAAAUAUCCACCACCAUCAAACAGAGAUGACGUCACUGUGCAGGAACCUGGCUGUGCUUCUCCUUUUUCUGACCGCCUCGCCUCUCCUCCACUCCCACCUCUUCACCCGUGCUGCCUCCACUUCCCCUCCCGUCACUCGUCCUCGGAUCAUAUACAUGACUGCCAUGGGCUCAGAUGAUAACUAUGAGGAUGACUAUGGGGAUGAGGACCACAACCCCAACCAUACUCCUGAAGUGCAGGACAAAGUGAAGAAUAACUUCCUCCACCAAAGUCCACCACAGCUCUGCCAGUACGACCCCUGCUCGGAGAAUGAGGAGCCCUGCGAAAAGAUUUCAGAAAAGACUGGGUGCCUCUGUCCCGGGGUCAGUGGGGCCGAAGAGCCUCCUCAUGCUCCACGCAUCCAAGUGCUGCAGCCAAUCAGUGAAGGGGAUAACAGAGGGAAGAUAGAGGUGCAGUGGUGUGCUCCAUCUUCUGUGGUGUCUGGGUACAGAGUGGUGAUAGAGGGAAGUGAAGGUCUGGAGUUUGGGGGAGUUUCAAGACGAGGUUUUGUCGGAUCUUUGGUGGUUGGGACUAAAGUGUGUGUGGAGGCGGUGAACAGUGCAGGACACAGCUCCCCCUCAGAGUUCUCCUGUAAGCGGUAUGACCUUCCUGAAUCUUCUGACCAUAAACUGUUGGCUGGGAUCAUAGGAGGAGGAGUCGCCCUCCUUCUACUUCUCAUCAUAGCAGCUGUGAUUUUCUGGCAGCAUCAAAUGCGUAAAAAGGCAAAGAGAGACUCCGCUGAUGGACUUGGUAACCCUUCUUACAGCACAGAGGGGACUCUGUGAUUCGGACUGGUUCAGCACAGAUAAUCCAUCCCAGUCACACUGGACAGGCCCCUGGAGACAGGGAGCACGGCAACGGUGUAAUCAUGAACAAACAGCUCUGGGGUGGAGUUAUAAUUCAUUUAAGAAGUUGUUUACUCUCCUGUUUCAAGGAAUAUGUAAACAUAUUGAGGAAAAGAUGAGCGGUGUUCAUGGAAUAACACUAACAAAUGGGUAAUUCUGUUAUUUUGUGGUUAGAGCUACAGGUUUAUUUGCUGGCAAAUUAACCUUUACAUGUUAGUUGUAGUGUUAUUUUAUCUUAUCAUGGCUGAAUUUAAUUGUAAAUAUAUUUUUAUAGGAUAUAGAUACUGACUUUUGUACUAAACUAUUUUAAUAAAAACUAAAAAAAAA